AUCAUCGAGAGGUGCCUGAAGUACUACAUCGCAGCGUCCGGGGACGGGUGUUGGGCCAUCGCUGACGCCAACGGCAUCGACCUCGCCGAUGUUUACGAGUGGAACCCUACGCUCAACGGGAAUUGCUCGGGCCUGUGGCCCGCAUACGCUUACUGCGUUAAGGAGCCCGCGUCUUCCGGCAGCGGGUCAGAGCCGAUCGAGCCGCCCGGGCCCACGCAGGAGGGAAUCACGGCCAGCUGCAAGAAGUAUCCCCUCGUCAAGUCCGGGGAAGGGUGCUGGGGCAUUCAGCAGGAGUACGGUAUCCCCGACUAUGCGACUUUUGUCAAGUGGAACCCGGCGCUUGGGUCUGACUGCCAGAACUUAUGGCCCAGCUAUGCCGUCUGCGUUGGUGUUUAG